GCAUUUUGAACUCCGCAUGUUAUUUACAGGUGUAGAAAAGUUAAUAAAACGUUCCAAAUAUGUUUAGCGUGUCGCGGGAGUUUUCACCCUGUGGGAAAUAUUGCGCCUACAUAAGCCAGCAAGGUAAAUUUGUCGUGCACGAUGUGGAAACGAGCGCGGUAUAUCAGGUCUACACGCCGAACAUGCACCUGAACGUGCCGUGUACCAGCUUCGCCUGGAUACAGGUUGGUGAGGGUGAAAAAAAGUUGAAGAAAAAAUCAAAGAAAGCACGGUCAAGUCUGGUGGAAAAUGGAACCAAUGUCCAGCUGAUGGUCGCAUUCGGCACAAGCAAGGGUGGUGUCGCGUUCUAUAACCUCGCUACGGCUACAAUCGAGCGUACGUGCAAAGGUGAUGGCCACACGGCUCCCAUCACGGCCAUUUACUUCAAUGCCAGCCACAAUCCGGAUGCACUGUACACGGCCGGUGCCGAUGGUAAUGUGAUCGAGUGGAGCAUUAGCCAGUGCAGCCAGCAGCGAGUGCACCAUAUCGGGGUGGAGAAGUUAACGUGCGUGCUGGCCCAUGCUGACACGAUUCUAACCGGUGCAAAACAGCUCAAACUGUGGAAUACCGAAAACGACACACUAGAACGUACCUUGAUUGGACACACUUCCAAUACACAGCUGCUGCAGCUGGUAGCGCUGGAUGCGGACAAUGUGUACGUACUGUCGGGAUCGGUGAACGAUCGCAACUUGUCACUGUGGUCAUUGAGCGACGAGGACAGUACUUCGCCAGUUUCAACCUUUGCACUAGACGAUGUGCCGGAAUACGUUUCGCCGAAGGUGGUCGAUCGAAAGUUGCAUCUGAUUGUCGUCUCGCGGACAGGCGUAGCACAUUAUUUCGUGCGCGAUAUGGGUAAGCUGACCGUGAAGCGGCCGUACAGAGCGUCCCACACGUUUGAAAUAGCCGUUGACACGGUGAGCACGAAGAAGCAGGCGGUCGAUCGGUUGCCCGUGUUUGUCGCUACCGUGCAGUACUCGGCACAACAGGAACAAAUACUGCUCGGGUACGGGUCGGAGCUGAGUGUACGCUUCGAGCAUGUGCCCAUCGAGGAAGACGUCAAGAUGAACGUGAUUAUUCGCGAGCCAUUGAAGGUGUUGGAAGGCAAAACGAAAGAGGGAGAGCUGAAGUCAAAGACACCUAUUAUCGAUAGCGAUGAUGUGGAAUAUAUGAAUCCGACAAAUUCGAACAGAAAAACCGUUAAGGAGGUGGAAAUUCCCAUGGAAGUUCGUUUGGAAAAUCUGUCAACGCCCAAGACAAGCUCGAAAAACAUGAUCCAUCUACUGGUGCAAGGACUGCACAGCCGGGACGCGACACUCUUGAGAAAUGUUUUUGCGGUAGACGAUUCCGACAUGGUACAACAAACACUGGGCCGAUUACCACCCCAAUAUGUGGGUGCGCUACUGAACGAACUGUCCCACAUGAUGCAGAUGAAAACGAUGCACGUAAAAACGGCCGUUUGCUGGUUGAAACAUUUGAUCAACAUACACGCAAGCCAGCUUAUGGCACUGGGUUCGUCUAAUCUGCUUGCCAACUUCAGCACCUGCCUCGGAAUCAUCGAGUACCGUGUGGAACAUCUGAAUUCGCUUUCCAGAUUGCGUGGCAGAUUGGGGUUGCUGAUCGAUCAGAUCGAUCGAAGCAAAAAUCAGGCAGCAAAUCUGGACGAUAAAUCGAACAUGAAUGUGCUGGUAUAUCAAGAGGGUGACGAUUCGGACGUAGACUCCAUGCUGGAGAAGGACGAUACCGAUCUGCCCGGAUCGUCUAAUGAGGAAAUGUACGACGAGGAUGACGACAACGAUGGCGACGAGGACGAGGAUGAGACAGCGUACGCGAACGGGAACGAUUCUCGUGGGAAACAGCGGCGAAAUGGAUAUUCCACACAGGACAGUUAUAGAGAAUCGAUGGAAGUAUCCGAUUGA